UAUAAUUUUGUCUUUUAAACUAAAUCAUUAUAUUGAUAAAUUAAACUUUUAUAGCAAAUUUAUAAUCACACACCACAUAAACUACUGUCGUUCGAUAUUGAAAAGAAGCUCUUCAAACGUUAAAUACAUAUUGACAUAGAUUAACGAAUAACAACUUUUCUGAAGUUGAUUUAAUGAAACACCAAUUAGGAUCGUAUGUUGUUUUCCACCAAAAAAUAAUUGAUUUCAUACUUUACAAACUACAUCUUAAUCACAACGAAAAAUGCUAUUACAUACUAUUUACUAUUAUAAAUCAAAUAUUUCCUUAUAAAUGAAAACCUCGUUAAAACAAACAACAUAUUUGAAGUACAUACAUUAAGUUUUGGUGAAAAACCAGUGAAAUUUUCAUAGGAGUGUCAUUAAGAGAAUGUGUUUUAUUUUUGACAUCCAAAUAUUGGAUUUUAAUUGCUUCUUAAACUAAGAUUAGUUGUCGUUCAAGGUUUCCAAAAAUGAACAACAUCCCUCCAACGACAUGCUAAUGUAAAAUUCAUAGGUUUUUCACCCAUCUUUUCCACACUUUUUUUGCUGUGUUGUGAUGAAAAUACUACAUCUUUUUCAGCACUUUUUUUGCUGGGUUAUUUAAUAACGGAGCGUUUUUCAAAAUCGAAUCAAAAUGUAUAACUAUGAAAUAUUAAAGAAAUCACAAAUUUACAUAUCAUCAACUAAGUUUAUAAAUUUUAAUGGUUUUAUUUUAAUAUUAUAGAAGAAAUAAAGUAUAUUUACAUGUAAUAUCAUCAUAGCCCAAUAUAUCACUUAAAUUAUUAAUCAUUUUAAUUGAUUUUUUUCAACUGCAGUUUAAAUUUAAGCUUAUCAAAUGUAAUAAGUAGUACAACUUCUUCUUAAUAACUAACUGUAUUUCAAAUUCGGGUAGAUUUAAAGACAUUUAGUAAGCCUAAAGCAAACGAAAGGCUAUAAAGGUUAAACAAUAAAAGCAAUAUUAAAAUAUAACAACAGUACAUUUAUUUAAAUUCACAAAAGUAAUUCGAAAUUAAAAAAAGAUAAACAAAUCAUUGUACAAAGUUUAAACUUAAAAGCACAAACUAAAUUUAAUAAAAUAUUAAGAGAAAUUUAACAAUUGAGCACAAAACGAAUAAAACAAAUCUUAUCAAAGAGAAUUGUUUAUAAUAAAUACAUAAUAAAUUAAAAAUUCAACGGACAAAGACCAUGGAUGAAAAAUGUUUAAAAUAUUAUUUUGACUUUUUAUCACAACCCUCAAGAGCUUUGUAUAUAUUACUUAGAGAAAGCGGUACCAAAUUUCAAGCUAAUCAAGUAGAUUUACUAAAAGGUGAACAUCAAAAUGAUGAUUACAAACAAGUAAAUCGUUUUCAAAAAGUGCCAGCCAUAAUUGAUUAUGUAAACAAUAAAGAAUUCCAUUUAGCCGAAAGCAUUGCCAUAUUAAGAUAUUUAGUGGAAUGUAAUAAAAUUUCGUUAAAUUUCUAUCCCAUCGACUUGAAGCUAAGGGCACAAGUAGAUGAAUUUUUAGAAUGGCAGCAUACAACUAUAAGAACAUCAUGUUCUUUAUAUUUCCGUUUUGUUUGGGUUCAAGAAAUGUUACUAGGUGCUCCAGCUUCUAGUGAUAAAAUUGCAAAAUAUCGUUUAUUAAUGGAAAAAGAUUUAGAACUCAUGGAAAACUUAUGGAUUAAAGAAAAUAAAUUUUUAGUGGGAAAUUCUAUUACGGCAGCGGAUGUUUUUGGUGCUUGUGAAAUUGAACAAAUAAGAUGCACAGGUUAUGAAAUUAAAGUAAAAUUUCCUAAAAUCUAUACAUGGAUUGAAAAUGUUCGCAAAGAACUGAAACCGAUUUUUGAUGAAGCUCAUCAUGUGGUUUAUACUAUUGAAAAUAAAACAAAAUCUAAAGAGCAAAAAUAAAUAAAAGAUAGAUUAUC